AUGGACCGCAGCUUGGACGAGAUCAUCGCGGAAGAUACGCGAAACCGCGGCCGCACCUCAGGUGGCGGUGGUGGUCAGCGUCGCCGCAACAAUCCCGGCCGUCGCCACGAGCGCGAUGGCGUCAGAAAGGUCCGCCCUCCUCUUCCUCCUCUGCGAAGUCUCCUCUUGCUCCGUGACAAUCGUAGCCAGUCCUUCGGAUCGCUGGGACUCGACUCAUACUCCGCAGACCGUGUUGACCUGAAUACGGACUGGGUCCACGACAAAUUCGACGACGAUAGAUCCCGCUCCUCCCGUGGAGUCCGCAGAGGUCGCGACGGACCAGACUCUGAUCGCACCAGCUCACUCACCAAGGUUCGUGUGGAGAACCUCCACUACGACAUCACCGAAAGCGAUCUCGAGGAUCUCUUCGGCCGGAUUGGACCUGUUUCUGAACUCACUCUCAAUUAUGACCGCGCUGGACGCUCCGAGGGAGUCGCUUACGUUACUUAUGAGCGCCUGAAGGAUGCACACACUUCUAUUCGGGAAUAUGACGGAGCCAACGCCAAGGGCCAGCCCAUCCGUCUCUCACUCAUUCCCGGCCGUCGUGAGCGCAACCCCCUCGAUUCCGCCCAUCACGCCAGAUCCAGCCUCAUGGACCGCGUUGAACGUCCCCGUGAUACGCGUAGCUUGAGCCCCCGAUCUGAUGACGGUGGCCGACGCCGUCGGGGUCGCGGUCAUCGUAGCGACGUCACCAGACCCGCUCCCGAGAACAUCGACCGCUACGUCCCCGGAGACCGCUCCAACCGCUCACCCAACCGUCGCAACGGAGGCCGACGCCAUGGUGGUGGUCGCGGCAACCGCGGACCGACUGGGCCCCGCUCGGAUGGCCGCCCGCGCAAGACCCAGGAGGAGUUGGACCAAGAGAUGGAAGAUUACUGGGGUGGUGCGAACACUGGCGCCGACGAAGCGGCCGCGCCCGCCCAGGACGCCCCUGUGCAGGCUGCCCCGGCUGCCAGCGCGCCUGCUGCUGACGACGACAUCGAUAUGAUUGAAUAA